AUGAGUACUCCUGAGUUGACGAGACUGACUGAAGUUACUACGACACAAAUCUUUCUACAUGCAAGGGAGACCGACAUCUCCAACAUCUCCACCACUCACGAGGGUCCCGCCAUCUCCGCCACUCACGAGGGUCCCGCCAUCUCCAAGGAGCCCUCUGGAACUGCGGACGGUUCUCUCGAGAUCUCGUCUCCUUCUGCGUCCGUCGUUUCCGACGGUGGUGUAGCCCUCACACCUGCACAGGCGAUCAUCAACUUCCAGACGGAAAUUCUACCGUUCCAGAACCGUUUGACAAUCGCCGAGUUUCGAAAUGAUCGCAGUCAGCGUACAUGCCAAAGUCUUCCGCAAGACGCCACCAUGGGACAUUGA